AUGACCUCUUCACAGGUCAAGAAUUUCAUCAAGAAUUUCAAUCUGGGCAAAGUAUUUGCAGUUCAAUUGACUUGGAGGUGCCCUGCAAAGAAUGGAUGUAUACAAUACAGCUCAAUAACCACCCACCAUGAUGAUGAGUACACCAUUCCUGCAGACAUCCAAGUCUGUAUGCUCCCUGAUUCUCUGAGCAGGGAUCCAAGUCACAAAAUCUCCCUGAAUAUUUCCUCCACCACAUCCUCUUGGGGCAAUUCCUUUGCCCACAAAGCUUCUGACAUGGCUCAGACAUUUUUACCUUUAGUCCAGGGCAUUGCAGGUGUAGUUCCAUUUGCCAGUCCUCCAAUGAUGUUCCUUCAUUCAGAGACUAUCACAAAAAUGUAG